AUGAUUAUGCUGGCUGGGGGUCGCGAAGACAACGGAGGAGAUAUGCAGCUUACUGAUAGAGUUAUUGCCCUUGACCCGCUAUCAUUAUUGACGGAUCAUAUGCACAAUCCAUCAUUUUCUAGUACCUGCGCCAUAUCCACUUCGGAAAGCCUUUCUUGCAUAAACCAUGCAUUUACCUGCACAAACACCGCUGCUUCGUCUAAUGCACCAGCAUUAAGCAUCUCUUGUGAUAACCGUUUGGAUUCUUGGCCCAUUUCCUCCUCCAUUGCUCCUACGGAUGAACUGUCGCCACUUUCUGGGUUUUUCAAGGCUAGCUCUGGUAACUCCGUUGCAGCCAGGCCUAAAUCGUCUCCUCAUUCACCUACAUCCGGUUCAUCCAGCAUUGGUUGGAGGUAUCUGUCUCGCCUACCUCGGCCUUUGGCGAAUCUAGGUUUAGCCUGCUACGAGGCAGGCGAUGUCGUUUUUGCUUGUGGUGGUCAGCUUCCCUCUCAAACAGCCGGGCAAACAGCAGAUCUGAUUAGCCAAGAGGUGCUAGCUUACAGCUUUAUCGAGGUGAUCUACUUUUCAUUCAUUUUACGAAAUCUUACAAGCUAUUUCCUAUAA